AUGCCUGACCCCCCCAAAUUUUAUCCCGCUCUUUCCAUCACCAACGUUAAAUCCCUCAUCCCUAUUACGUUGGAUACCGAGUGUGGUCUCUAUAACUCUUGGGUUACGCUGUUUAUGGUUCAAGCACGGGUGCAUAACCUCCUACAUCAUAUUAUUCCUCCUACGGAGGAAAAAGCUCAGGCUGCGGUUGCCGCAUCAAAAGCUGCCGACGCGGAUCUUUUUGGCCGUCUAGAUGUCGUUGUGUUACAAUGGAUCUAUGCCACCGUGUCUUCUGACCUCCUUCAAGCCAUCUUGGUCAAAGGCGAUACGACGUCUCAAGCAUGGCAGAGGUUGGAACAAGUAUUUCAAGAUAACAAAGGGUCUCGUGCCACACAUCUUGAAGAGGAACUCGCUGCAGUUAAACUUGAGAACUUCUCCUCCACCGAGGCCUACUGCAACCACGUCAAAUCCUUGGCCGACCGCCUUGCCGACAUGGACGCUCCGGUUGCUAACAGCCGCCUUGUCUUACGCCUUGUCGGUGGUCUUCCAUCUGCAUAUUCUGGUACGGUAGAUUAUGUGCAAAACCAAGAUCCUCUACCUUCUUUUGAAAGUGUUCGCUCUCGCAUCAAGCUAGCAGAACGUACCAUGAAACAUCAUGCCGCUCAAGACUCUACUGGUGCUGCCCUCCUUAUGUCUACUGGUGGCGGAACUUCGAAUGGAUUUACGGACGGGGACACAAAUCCUGAGAUGUGA